AUGCACAGUCACUGCCCAGAACUUGUAGAGCAGCAAGUAAAGGACAUAAGUAAGCGGCAGCAACCAGGAAGACCUGUGCCGCCCCUUCCGGGAGCUUCAGUGCACCAGGGUUCCAGAUGGUCUUUGGCUUUUUCCUCUGGCGUCAGAGAUGUGUGUGCAGGGAGCAGUCUCUUCUGGUUUCCCAGGCUUGUCUGCCUCUCUGAAGGUUUAGCUCUCCCUCCCACGGGAUUUGGGUGCAGAGAACUGUUUAUCCGGUCUGUUUCUUUCAGGUUCCGGCGGUGUCUCAGGCGCAGAAGUCCUGCCGCUCCUGUGCCCUCCCCCACGGGAGCCCAGAGGCCUUAUACAGUUUCCUCUUGGGCCAGGGAUGUGGGCAGGGGUGAGCAGUGUUGGUGGUCUCUUCCGCUCUGCAGCCUCAGGAGUGCCCACCUGACCAGGCGGUUGGGUCUCUCUCUCACCGGGUCUGGGAGCAGAGAGCUGCUGCGGGCCGGGAUCCGCGGGUGUGGGACUUCCGGUAAACACAGACCGUGCCUCCUAGAGAAAUUCUGCUUCCGUGUCCCAAGCUCACCAGGCAGCUUUCUUGCAGCAGAAAAUUUGGUCUUACCUGUGGUCCCGAGGCUCAGGUUCGCUCGUGGGGUGCUGCCCAGGGGCUCUCUGCAGCGGCAGCAACCAGGGAGACCUGUGCCGCCCCUUCCGGGAGCUUCAGUGCACCAGGGUUCCAGAUGGUCUUUGGCUUUUUCCUCUGGCGUCCGAGAUGUGUGUGCAGGGAGCAGUCUCUUCUGGUUUCCCAGGCUUGUCUGCCUCUCUGAAAGUUUAGCUCUCCCUCCCACGGGAUUUGGGUGCAGAGAACUGUUUAUCCGGUCUGUUUCUUUCAGGUUCCGGCGGCGGUGUCUCAGGCGCAGAAGUCCUGCCGCUCCUGGGCCCUCCCCCACGGGAGCCCAGAGGCCUUAUACAGUUUCCUCUUCGGCCAGGGAUGUGGGCAGGGGUGGAGUCUAGAGACUAACGUAGGAAGAUCAUCUGGCUUGCAGAAGAAAAGAACUUAUGACAGAAGUAUAUUAUGAUUGUACCCUACGAGGACCAACAUCGGCUGACUGAGACAAAAGCAGACUCUUAACAAAGAAUCAUUGAACAAAAGUCACAGACCCCUGUGGUUGAAUUAGGGAAAGGUGGGAAGAAGCUAAGGAGGAGAGUGACCCUACAGAAAGAGCAGCAGUCUCAACAAACCCAGACCCCUGAGAUCUCUCAGACACUGAACCACCAAUCAGACAACAUAAAGGAGCUGGUCCGAGGUUCCAGACACAUGUACAAACAGAAGACUGCCUGGUCUGGCCACAGUGGGAGAAGAAGAGCCUAAACCUCUAGAGACUUGAGGCCCGGGUGACUAGAGGAAUGGUGGAAUGGUAGACCAGGAGGGGAGCAACUACUAGACUGUAAAACAAUAAAGACAAUCCCUAAAGGCGUUUUGGCUGUUAUGGAUUAAAAACAAUUUCCACCAUUUUCAUAGGGAAGCAGAACAAGGACAUGAAUAUUUCAAUGUAUGAUUGAGGAGAAAGUUCAUUGUAUAUAUGAGGAAGAGCACAACCAGAGGCAUUUGGAAUUAUCCUGACUGAGAUGGGGCAGCAUACUGAACUGAGCCCAAGGAGGAGAAAGGAAGAGGAAGAGAGCAAGGGAAAAGGAGAAGAGUGAGGAGAGAUGAGAUGGGGAUGCGAGGCCAAGAUCUAUGGUGCCUAGAUUCAUGGUGGGUACUGGGUUCUGCCUCACUUUGCUAGAGAUUGUGGGCACCUCUAAUUCAAUCAGCUCAAGGAAGAUGGAGUCCAAAGCUUUAUUUUUCCUUGGUGUGUUACAUGCCCCUGCAUGCCAGACAGGAAAGGGAAAACUUCCCUGGGAUGAA